AUGUGCCCUCUCUGGGCGCUGGCGCUGGUGCUGGCGCUGGCCGUAGGAGCUGCGAGCUGGGAGUCAGGUACUGCUACGGCUGGCGUAUGGGGCACGGAGUACUUGCUGCUGGGUGCUAGCUGCGACGGAGCACCGCUACAGGCGGCGCACACUGGGCAACGCACACUGGGCAGCACACACUGGGCAUGGGGUGCUUUCCCGCCCGCAAGGUACUUGUACCUGCUUCCUUAUUUGCCUGCUGCCGAGUACUGUACUUGGCUUUGCAUCGCGCGCGGCAGCUCUUACUGGCCUCGCGCCUUUGCCUAUCAAAUUUGCGAGGCGAGCGGUAUGAUAUUGGUACGGAUCGCUUCUUUUCUUUUCUCGCGCUUUCUGACCGCUGUCCUGCGAGUCAAGUGCGAGUAUUGCUGCCAUUACUGA